CAGACCUCUUUCUUGUAAACCAACAUGUCGAAGAGAGGACGUGGAGGUACUUCUGGCGGGAAAUUCCGCAUUGCCAUGGGUCUCCCAGUGGGUGCAGUUAUCAACUGUGCCGAUAACACUGGAGCCAAGAAUUUGUACAUUAUUGCCGUAAAGGGAAUCAAAGGACGUUUGAACAGRCUACCAGCGGCCGCAUCAGGUGACAUGGUUCUUGCAACAGUUAAAAAAGGAAAACCAGAACUCAGGAAGAAGGAGGUUCUGGUAUCAACGGACCUGUAUCAAAGGAAUGUGCUGAUUUAUGGCCCAGGAUUGCUUCGAACGCCAGUAGCAUUCAAUAAACUCUCUAACAACCAAUAAAACUAUGUGAAACAGAA